AUGCCGCGCCUUACGGUGCCUACCUCCGCGCGCCUUCCAUCAUCGCUGCGCGUCGAAGCCACCAAUGCCGCCGUGGUAAAGCUCCUGAACCGCCUGUCGCGUGCAUCCCUCCUGUCCCUCGUCCUAGACUGGCUAUCGGACAACAACCAAUCCCUGUGUCCUCCUCUGCUGCGACAUAUCGACGACGACGAAGAGAGCGAUGACUUCUACCCUCCCGCCCGCUCGCUCGAAGAGCUGCGCGAGAUCUAUGCCAACCUGCAGUCCGCGAAGGGCAGCCGGCGCGAUGUCGUGGACCGCAUCAUCGAGGGCGACUGGCGGCACGGGCUGACGCUCUACCAGCUCGCCAUGGCCGACCUGCAACACCUGUACGACCACCCGUCGUCCCUGAAAUGGAGCGCCUACAAGAUCGAGCGGCUAAAGACGCCGCGGGACGAGGACGACGCCGAGGCCCCCGGGAAGACGGACAGGGAGGCGCUCGACAUACCCCGGUUCCACCCCUCGACGUUCCUGCAGAACCUCCAGGCCGAGGUCCCGCCCGACGUCAAGGCGCACUACAACUUCGACCGGCCGCGGGACCUGCCGCUGCUGCUCCUGCGCGUCUUCAUCCUCGACUCGCCCUACAACACGGGCCUUGCCCUGUCGUCGCGCGCCACGAGCUUGGAGGCCUCGAGGACCACCUACAUCGCCUUCCCGGACUCUUCGCCGCACAUCUACAUCUCCCGGUCCCAGAGCACGGGCGCGACCACGGCGGGCGACUCGCGCAGCCUGAGUCGGCUGGUGCUGGAGGGCAUACCCAAGGCGUUGUCGCGGCCGCGGGAGAGAUACGCGCUCCGGCCCACGAACCUGACCUCGAAGAACCUGUCGGGCCUGCUGGCCGUCCGGGGCGCAGGGCGCACCAAUGCGGCUGGAGGCGGCUGGAGCAUCUAUGCCGACGACGACCGCAAGGACUCCCCGCUCAAUGCCGUAUUGCCGGCGCCGCCUCUGUCAGAGAUCUCUGGGAACGUCAACAGAAGCGUUGCAGCGAGCGGGGCUGAGGAGGAGAAGACGAAGAAGCGCAAGAGGGGACUCGAGCCGGAGAAGGACAGAGAGGAGCGGGAGGCGAAGCGCAGGAUGGACAUCGCGCAGGCCCGCUUUGGGGGCUCGGCAAUGAUUGACGACGGGAAGGGGGUCGAGAGGCUCGACGUCCUCAUCGAAGAUGCGCUCCCCGGUGCUCCGCGCCGACUGCCCCAGCACGUCGACGUCGAAGAAGAGGAUUCGGGACUUCGUCGCUCGAGGAGAUCCAGAGGUCGGAGGAGCGGUGUUGACCUUGCACUCGAGAAAGCGCGCGAAAACGAUGAGGAUGCCGCGGAGGAGGCCGAUGAGGAUCAGCCCAAGCCAAGGAUAAGGUUGACGUUCACAGGACCGCAUGUUUUUGGCGGCAUCAGGCAGCUCGUCGAGGCUGGGGUCAUCGAUGGCGAGCGCAUGCCCGGCUGGAUGACUGGCGACGAAGGGGUCACCAUGGGCAUUGUUAGGAAUGGCAGGAUCAGGGGCUAUAAGGGGUCAGGGGUGUAA